AUGGCGGCGUCCAGCAGGGCCAGCCAGUCCUCUAAAUCAUCACAGCAGACCUAUGUUCCGUCUCCCAAUAACAAUAACACCUCGUUGCUGCUGGAGAAAGCCCGUCAGGGUGAUCGUCGUUCUACUCCGGACUCCGAAGCACUCGCAUCGUCAGAGGAUGAAGUCGACCAGCAUCAGUACAAUCAAGCGCAGGCCCAGCCUGUUGCCAAACCCGCUAGGCGCACUUCAUGGUUGAACGAAAUACCCAGCUCAAUGCCACGCAAGCCUUCGUUUACCGCGACAUCCUUCUCCCCGGUGAAUUCUAACCCGACAACACCUGCUGCCGAUCAACCAGCCUGGGGCGCCACUGCGACAAGCCCAGGGAUUACUGGAUCGUUUAAUUGGGCCUCCUCAGGAAACGGAUCAUUCCCGUGGGGAACUGGGAUCUGGAAUGCAGAGGGUCGCAAAGAACCCCCAUCGCGAUUGUCUGAAGUCCUGCACUCCCCUACAUCUGUUCAUCCGCCAAAUUUCGGCUUCAGCGGUGCAGAUGAUGUUAUCAGCCCCACGGCUCGCAGUUCGACCGAGGCGUCCGUCCCUUUUGCGAUUCCGGUGCACCCGACCCCCAAAGCCUACCGUUCGCAGUCGUAUUCCGUCGGACAGUUGGAUCCAGAAAGCACCCAUAUCACUCCACCGAAGGCUGUUCCGCCCAUGUCGGCUACUCGCAGCAGAAACAGCGCCCAGUACUCCGUUCAGCGCCGCUCCUCACGACCUAGUCUGCUCGGCGAGUUGGGACGCGACUCCGCGGUUUUAGGGCGUGUUCGCGAAGACGAAGAUGAUGAUGUCAGCCCCAAUGAUUCUGAAGGCAAUGCUACUUGGUCUUCUAGUCAGGCACGUACUAUCGAGCAACUGGCUUUAGAGAAUGCACUUUUGCGUCAAGCUGCGUCAAGUCAGCUUGAAAGCGCGCGAUUUAGGGAUCGAACCCUUUCUUCUGCUUCCGCUAACAGUGGAUAUUCUUUUGCUCAGGGCCAUAAACUACAUCCUAUCCAUGGCAGCGUCCCCGAGGAAACCGAUCAGGCCGUCGAAGACCUUGACGAGCUCGGCGGCUUUGCCGGAUAUAACAACUCUCUCAACAACGCACGGCGACGCUUCAGUCUACACUCUGCUAAUGUGGAAAAGCAGUACCCUACCUUCUCUCCGUUGGAGAAUCGUACUUUGGAGAAUAUUAAGAGGGCCCAAUGGCAAAGUUCCCUUGGCUUUGGCAGUAUUAGCGAGCUUCCGCAGAGUCGCCGCCACUCCUUUGCUGACGUCCCUACGAGAAAUGUCUCCUCGUUUCCCGGCGCUGCAGAAAACCAUCCGCCCGUUGGCACGGCUUUUAAGAAAGAUGAGGGCAUUGGAAAUUAUCUGGAUACUGGCUCAAAUAUGCCGCAGGCUGAUAACCGUGAGUAUAUGAACUCUCGUAACAACCAGUCCCUUACCGAGCGCGCAAAGGAGCUGGAAACUCUACGCGCUCGUCAAUUCGCUGCUUCAUAUUUCUCAGGGCAUGAUGUUUCCGACCGUUCCGGCGAACCUGCACCUUCAACUGGUAUCUCUACUGCUUUGCACCAAGCAUAUGUUAUGCCCAACGCCUAUGGCCGUCAGCAUGCAGCUCUCGCUCAGCCUCAUCAAAACCAGCAGCUUUUUGUCGUCACGUUCAAGUGUUGCAGAGCAGAUGUCUUCUACAUCCAAGAGGAUACUGGCUUGCAGGUUAAACCUGGUGAUCUUGUCAUUGUUGAAGCGGAUCGAGGAACCGAUCUUGGCACCGUUGCGCAUGCGAAUAUCAGCUGGCAGAAUGCCCGAGAGCUGAAAGAGCAAUAUGCCGAGGACCACUACAAAUGGUUGAUGCUGUUCUCUCGCCAAAGCCAGUCUGGAACUCCCCAUGCUGUAAACCCCAAUGGGGCUACUCCCAUGGCAGGAAGUGCAGUCGGCGGUAUGGGUCCUCAGGGUCAGCAUACAGGGCAGGAGGUCCAGGGAGGCGAUAUUAAGCCGAAAUUGAUCAAGCGACUCGCACAACACCAUGAAAUUCAAACCCUUCGUGAUAAAGAAGGGAACGAAGCAAAGGCGAAGCGCGUUUGCCAGCAGAAAGUCGUUGAGCAUAGAUUGAAUAUGGAGAUUCUUGAUGCAGAAUUUCAAAUGGACUGGAAAAAACUUACCUUCUACUAUUUUGCCGAUACGUAUAUCAAUUUUAAUUCUUUGGUCACGGAUUUAUUCAAAAUCUAUAAAACUAGGAUUUGGAUGUCUGCGAUUAACCCUGCUUCGUUCGUCACGCCGACAGCUGGACUGCAGAUUCCCGGAACCCUCACUUCUUCGUCUUUGGGCUAUGAUCUCCAUGCAGAUCGUCGUCGUCAACAUGAUUACAAAAAAUUCGGAACGGGCAUUAACCAGGGAUUGUCACCCGGCAUCUUCUCUGAACCGUUGAAUAGAGAUGUGGCUGGCCAGGCGAUGCCAGUCCAUUCCCCUUAUUUGGAUCAAUAUCAAUCAAUGGUUAAUGCGGCAAGGCCCGACUCUGGCUACGUUGGUUAUACUCCUGGUAUGCAACCCCAGACAGAUCCCUUCGCCACCUAUCCGUCCUCCUACGGCGUGGCUGACCCCGCAGCGGGCCCUGGAUUUGCUGCAACUGGCAUUCGCAGAGGGCACCCUGGGCAGGAUGAAUGGUCAACCCGUUUCCAGGGCCUCUCACUUGGCUCUUAG